AAUGCUAAUUUCAUAACAAAUUAUUAAAUAAAUGCGGAAGUCAAUUAUAACAUCAUUAUUUGGGAUUUUGCAAAAGCUCUGAAAAGCUCUUAAAAAUCGAUCUCCAAAGAUACAUCAAAUGGAAAAGACUUUCUCCCAUCCUUAGCACAUUUAGUUGCGACUUGUUGAAAUACGAAACGGACGCGUAAAGAAUUUCCGGGCGGGUUGAGUUAAGUCGUAUAAUUAUUUAAAUUAUAAAUAUUAUAUUAUAUGCAAUAAAAAACUUAAUUAAACGGUUGGCAGUGAUUUGAUUGUGAAUAUAAAGGUUUAUGCAAUGUUUUUCUGUACUUUGAAAUUUGUGUAGCAAAAUUUCCAAUGAAGACUUUCAUUUAUAUGGAAUUACAAUGGAAAGUGAAGGAGUGCAUAAAAUACAAAAUGGCCAAAAAGCUUUUUUAACUUCGUAUUUAAAUCGAACUCUUAUAAAAUUUCUACUAUCUUAAUAUGGAAAAGGUUGAAAAAUAGAAACUCAGUAAAGAGGAACGUUGUGAAUCUCAAUAUAAUAUAAAAUAAAGUAUUUCCGGUUGCGGUUUCAUAUAAGUUAAUAGUGUUCCAGUUAAUUCGUUAAUAAUAAUAAUAACUCAGUGAAAUUAAUGUGACAAAUGUACAUAUAGAAAUUGAACAAAAAUACUUAUAGUGACAUAAUUUCAAUUCAAAACAUAUGAACAUUUAAACUCUCCAGUAUCAGCAAGCCUUGCCUUUUGGUCAUUGCAGAAACCUGUAUGUUUAUACAAUGCGUUUGGUGCAAAUUAUAGCAAAUAUACGUAAAAAGAAUAAAUCAGAUUUAAAAAGCUCUUGGCCAUGGACAUAAAGGAGCACCAAAAAUCGAUUACUUAACAAGCACAUAAAGAAAAAGGCUCACUCCCAUCUUUAGCACAUUUAGUAGCGACUUAUUGAAAAACGAAACGGACGCGUAAAUAAUUUCCGGGCGGGUUUUAAUUAAAUCAUAUAGUUAUUUAAAUUCUGAAUAUGCUAUUAAAUAGUAUAAACAACGUAAUUAAUCGGUAUGAAGACACCUGAAUGUGAAUAAAGCUAUUUGUGCUUAAUUUUGCGGUUCUUUUAUAAAAAAAUGUGUAGUAGACUUCCAACUGCACUAUAAAUGUCUUAAUUCCAAUGAAGACAAAAAAUAAAAUGGCGAUUUUCGUAUGAAAUGGAUUCCGUUAUUUCGCGAAAGCAUAUACAACUUAAAAUGGCGUGUAAGAAUUAAAAUGAAAAUUAUAUAUCGAAUCGAAGCCUUAAGAUAACUGAAAAACUAGUUAAAGUUUAGAAAUUGUGUACGAACCUUGUGUAGUGCAGUGAAGAAGAAAAAUAUAAAACUUAUAAACUCGGUAUCUUUCAUCUAAUUAGUGUUUUGGUUAAUUGUUUUUUCGCCUUGUAAUUAUACACAACAAGUUCCUCAAAAAGUUUUUACAUGGGUGAGACUAACGUUUAUCAAAAAUUUGUAAUGUAUGCUGAUUCGACGAAACUACUUCCGCGACUCCACUGUACUUUUCGCCAUAUUUAUUGUUAUAAGUGUCAUUUCAUCACAUCAACUACGUAACGCUCACAAAAUGCUGCACAACAAAGCACAUGCGAAACAGCUGUACAUAAGUAGUUGUGUUUUUUUAAUGUGAGCCAAAGACUGGUAGAACUGCGAAGAAUUUGAAAAAUCACUUCAGUCAAAGUCCAGGAGAUCAAAAAUCAAAAUCCUCAUCGGCUGGCGCCAACAUUUCGCAUUCUAUUUUUUGUUGCUGGCUGUUGUAGUGUGUCUCUUUUUAGUUAUUUUCUUUCGAACCAAGUAUUGAACAAGGAGAGUUCGGCAAUAGGGACACUGAGUAUGCAUAUCUGUUUCGAACUUUAAGGAAAAUAUUGUAAUUUGCGUUCGCCGAACAUAUUUUUGCACUUAUUCACCCAGGCAAUGAAAAAGUUCAUUUCUGACAAUUUUUAACAAGGACAAACGCGUUUAACCAGAAGCGAAAAUAAAUACAAAAACAACAAGAUGUCAUCGAAUACCGCUUUAUUGAGCGCCGCAGCGCACGCUUAUCUCUCCUCCGACCUGUUGCCCAACGUGAAUUUGUCUAAUUGGGAGAAACUGGUAACCGACGAUGAAUUUCGCGAUUUCAUAAAACUAGUGGAGAAAUACAAAUACCCAAAUCACACGCAGGAUGCGGCUAUGCCUAAAUGCCAUGACUAUUGUACAGGCGAGCUGUAUCAGAUGUUGCGCACCUACAAUGGCGUGCAUGGCUAUGUGGCGUUGUUGAUCUGUAUAUUCGGCACAAUUGCGAACAUCCUGAAUAUAAUCGUGCUAACCAAAAAGGAUAUGGCCAAAGCACCAAUUAAUAAAAUACUCAAAUGGCUGGCGAUAGCAGAUAUGUUUGUGAUGAUCGAGUAUAUACCAUUCGCUUCCUAUCAGUAUAUCUACAUGAAACCAGGCGAAAAGGAUUUCAGUUAUGCCUGGGCGGUCUUCGUCCUUUUUCACAUGCAUUUCACACAGGUGCUGCACACCAUAUCCAUUGGACUGACGGUGACUUUGGCAAUAUGGCGUUAUGUGGCAAUAAGACAUCCGCAUGGCCGUUUUGCUGCCUUUCUGCUGUCACAUUGCACCGAAGCGAUUGUAUUCUCCUUCAUUGUAUCGCCGAUUGUGUGUUUUCCAACGUUGUUCGUUUUCAAGGUGCGCGAGAGUUAUGUGGAGGACAGCAAGGUGCCGUUAUAUCACGUCUACGCCGACAAGGAUACCCAAUUGUACAGAAUCAACUUUUGGAUUCACUCGGUGAUCAUCAAAUUGUUGCCCUGUUGCAUACUAACCGUUAUCAGCUUCAUAUUGGUGCGAGUACUAUGCGAGGCAUCAAAGCGAAAGCAAAAACUGAAGGAGUAUAAUAAUCCCACUAAAACCGGCAGCGCCAAUGGAGGUGCCAGUUGCGCUGGUGAUGUACCUUUGACGGAGCAACGACACUCACAACGUCCACCAAAAUGUGAUCGUCGCACCGAUCGCACCACCAUGCUACUGGUUGCCGUACUCAUACUCUUCCUGGUCACUGAAUUUCCACAAGGCAUAUUGGGUCUACUCUCUGGCGUGUUGGCGAAAUGUUUCUUCUUCGUUUGCUAUCCACCAUUCGGUGAGAUGAUGGAUCUGUUGGCGCUCAUUAAUGCCGCCGUCGGAUUUGUGCUCUACGGUCUGAUGUCGAAACAAUUUCGCACCACAUUCAAAUCGUUGUUCUUCAAGAAGAAUUUCGGCAGUAUGGAAAUGACCCGACUGACGCGGGUCACCACGACGUGUGUUUGA